AUCGAUUGUAUUGGAAUUAUUAUGUCAUAUUCAUGACACACGUGGGUAUUUGUAUUUAUGAUACCAGAAUUUAAAAUUCUGGAUCUUUUGCGAAAAAAUGCCUAAAGUUAAGGUAAUUAGUAGAAGUGCUGAUAAUUAUCUACGUGAAACCAAAAAUGAUAUCCAUAAACUGCCUCGCAACUAUGAUCCAUCCUUACAUCCAUUCGCCGUAAAUCGUGAAUAUCAACGAGCAUUGAAUUCGGUUAAAUUAGAUAAAAUUUUCGCUAAACCAUUUAUCGGAUCUUUGGAUGGUCAUUCCGAUUCGGUACAAAAAUUGGCUAAACAUCCUACUAAAUUAUCCCUACUAUUUUCAGCUGCCUGUAAUGGUGAAGUUAAAAUCUGGAAUCUUACCAAUUGUCAUUGUUUACGAACAAUCAAAGCUCAUAAUAGUAUUGUUCGUAAUGUUUGCAUACCACAACAUGGAAAAUAUUUCUUUUCUGUUGAUGAUAGUCAAACCAUAAAACAGUGGAAUCUUUCAUGGCUUGAUAAUGGUGAACAAGUAUUUGAAAUGGAUUCCGAACGGCAAUAUCAAUUGAUGCAGGUGACUGAUACCCCUAUCAAUACGAUAUUGACCAAGAAUCCUGUAUAUUUUAUGGAUAAUCAUCGACAAAAACCAUAUCUAAUAACAUGUGGACAAGGUGUAGAAUUAUGGGAAGAGAAUCGAACCCAACCAUUAAAAUCCUGGUCAUGGGGUAUCGACACAGUUAAUUAUAUUCGUUUUAAUCCGAUUGAAAAUGAUAUCGCUGUAGCUGCAUCAACUGAUCGAAGUUUAAUUUUAUACGAUAUUCGAAAAUCACAACCAGCCCGUAAAGUAGUUAUGGCUAUGCGUUCGAAUGCGAUUUGCUGGAAUCCAAUGGAAGCAUUCGUUUUUACUGUUGCAAAUGAGGAUUAUGAUUUGCAUACGUUCGACAUGAGAAAACUCAAAUUUCCCUUACAAAUUCACAAGGAUCAUAUAUCAGCUGUUAUAUCGUUGGAUUACUCACCGACUGGUCGCGAAUUCGUAUCGGCCGGUUAUGAUAAAACAAUACGAAUAUUUGGUGCACGUGAACGUCGCAGUCGUGAAGUUUAUCACACAAAACGAAUGCAACGAUUAACUGAUAUUGCAUGGUCACUAGAUGCUCGUUAUAUAAUUAGUAGUUCAGAUGAAAUGGACAUACGGAUAUGGAAGGCAAAUGCAUCGGAAAAAUUAGGAUUCAAAGCACCACGUGAGCUUAGCAAUUUUCGUUAUCAGGAUAAAUUGAAGGAAAAAUUUAGCCAAUUCCCAGAAAUUCGUCGUAUCGCUCGAUUUCGUCACGUACCGAAGCAUAUCUAUCAUGGCCGAAAAGAAAUGCAGGAGAUUAUUGCUGCUAAAAAACGAAAGGAAACAAACCGAUUACGGCAUAGUAAACCUGGUCAACAGCCAGAACGAGUGCUUGAAGUUAAAAAACAAAUUGUUCGUGUUGAACAUUAGACGAUUUAUGUUGAAAAUAUUUUGUAAUAAAAAUUUUUAUUUUAAAAAAAUUCA